GGAGUGCGAUGGGAGUUUGACGGUGCGAAUCUUGCGGUUCCUAACACUGUCUCGGCGGAGGAGCUGAACAAGGAGCAUGGCGACGCACUCUUGCGCCCUCACGCGACGUGUAUGUUUGUGCACUUCCUGCAAGCCAGCGCGACGCUCUUGAGAAACUGGCCCGGGGUAUGCCCCCGUUUGAUCCAUCACUGCCAAUAUCUCGGAUAACCUCUUCACAUGGCUCACCACCGUCGUCCCUUGGGACGAUCCUCUACUGUUGAAAUCAGGAAUGGAUGGAAGGGCUGCUCACAGCGAUUCAAAACGCCGGGGACUCGUCUUGGCCGUGCUUGAGUAUGCAUCUCCAACCACAGUACGUCCAAAAGUUGACUACCCACUGAGUGUCAAGGAGGCGCUACAGGUGGCCUGGGAUCGCCCUUACCAGGAUCCUUGCAAAGUGUUGGACUACGUUGCAGAGGUUAUCAAUGGCUUGUUUGACGAGUGGCACAACGAUAUGGGGCAGCUUGCAGCAUGGACGAUGGUGCUGCAGAGCUCUGGGUGGGGAAAGUCAAGAACCAUGCGAGAGCUGGCCACCAAGGGCUUCUACGUAGUGUACGUCUCCUUUCUCAAGAUCGGGUCUACAGGCAUCCCGGAUCGAAGUGCUGUGGCGCAGCAGCUGAUUAGUAGCAAAAUGAGCAACGAUCCACACGCCGUGGCAGCAUGGGUUCUCGCCAUUUUAACUCAGAUCAAAGAGAAAUCUCCGGAGGAGUGGAUGAAGGAGCAGUCGGAGCCACACUUUGGCGAACCCGUGGCUAAAAGCUACCUUAAACUCCGUGGGGAGGUGCUGGAGGAGGUGCGUGUGUCCAAGCCGGGUCCAGGACAGGACUGGGAUGGUGUGAAGCUAACUCACUGGAUCCGGAAGACGGCCAACAAGACUUUCGUACCGGAUAAGAAGAUCAUUGUCUGCAUGGACAAGGUGUCUUCAUGGUUUGGACAGGUAGCCGGUUCAUUCCUGACCUGCAGGAGGUUUUUUUCGUGCAUUCCGCGCAACUUAAAGGUGUUCGGACUGGUAGCAGAUACUGCCGGAAAGCUCGGCCUCGUCAUCCCUCCGCAAAUGCAAGAGCGCAGCUCCUCUUCGACCAGGUUCUUUGAGCCGAUCUGGGUGGUGGGGAGCUUGUGGUGGGACUUCGAGCAGGCAAAGAAGCUAAUGUCCUUGCAGCUGAAGAAAGGAUCCGACCAACCGUGACUGGGUCUUCACCGCGGACACGUUCAAGCCUAGGAAUGGUUGGUUGUGCUAGCCUCAAGCCUACAGUAGCAGCAAUAGCAGCUGGAAAGGAUAUUGCUCUAGCCAACAAGGAAAAUCUCCCGCAGG